GUCGGUUUUCGAAAUGUCACCAACUGGACAAAUUGAACAUCGCCAUUCGCUCAUUGCGUGCGUGUUUUUAUCAGAGGCCAGGCAGAAAGAAAUGAGAGAGACAGACCAAAAGUGACAGCAGCAGUUCAGAAAGCCGAAAGAAAACAUAACUCAUUGAUUGAAACUGGUUUUCGUUAGUAUCAUCGUGAUGUAGUGGUCGAUAGUGAUUGUGUUUUCGGGAGAUAAAUAAUCGAUAGUAUUAGAAUUAACUGAUUUCAUUGCGUGCACUUCCCGGUAAUCCGCUCUUCAUUUCCGAAGUGACAAAAUGGAAUCGAACGGAAGCGAUCGGUAAACACAGCAUCACAGUACGUCCGGAUUCAUCCAUCGUGGCCAAAUUUCGGGUGUCAAUCAAGCAGGCAGGUGGUGAAAGUCACUCCGCCAUCCAAAGAGGAAACAUGUUUCGAUUACGAGUCAAAAUAUUCUACAUUUACAUCAUCAUAUCGUUUAUGCUGUCGGUUUAUCUGUUCUAUUUGAUAUCAAAAUACUCGGUGGAGAAGUUUAUGAACUAUCAGCGAAGCGUUAGAAGUAGCAAACUGAAGGAUCGACCACGCAUUCCGCAGAUCGUCGGACAUUACGUGGGGAUCGGUGCAGUUGGGAACGUAUCAAAGGAUUUCCUCAACACCAAUAACUUUGCUCCGGUACCCGGAGUUGGAGAGAAUGGGGAUCCGGUGGUCAUCCAAGCGAAAGAUCUGCUGCUCAUGCAGCAGUUGUUUCAGAUAAAUCGAUACAACCUACUGGCUAGUGAUCGGGUGGCGUUGAAUAGGUCGCUGCCGGACGUUCGAAAAUCUAAAUGUCUGUCCAGAGAAUAUCCUUCCAAGUUGCCAACGACGUCAAUUAUCAUAGUCUUCCACAAUGAAGCCUGGUCUGUGCUGUUGCGAACGGUUUGGAGUGUGAUUCAGCGUUCACCGAGGCACUUGAUAAAGGAGAUUCUGCUGGUGGAUGACGCCAGCGAUAGGCGGUUUUUGAAGAACGAGUUGGAGAAUUAUGUACAGAAGCUUCCGGUUGUGGUAAGCAUUCUAAGGUUGAAUAAACGAGAAGGAUUGGUGGCGGCCAGGUUGAUGGGAGCUAGGGUGGCCACUGGAGAUACGUUGACAUUUUUGGAUGCCCAUUGCGAGUGUUCCCCGGGUUGGUUGGAACCGUUGCUAGCACGAGUGCAGGAGAACCCGAAGAAAGUUGUUUGUCCGGUGAUUGACAUCAUUUCGGAUGAUAACUUUUCGUACAUCAAGAGUUUCGAGUUCCACUGGGGAGCUUUCAACUGGCAGAUGCACUUCCGGUGGUAUACUUUGAGAGAUGAGGAGCUUGCGGAGAGACGAAAGGAUACGACUAUGCCGUUUCAUACGCCGGCAAUGGCUGGAGGGUUGUUUACGAUCGAUCGAAAGUAUUUCUUCGAUGUUGGGGCGUACGACGAGCGGUUAAAAAUCUGGGGUGGUGAUAAUCUGGAGAUGUCCUUCCGUAUUUGGCAGUGCGGAGGGGAAAUAGAGAUUGCCCCUUGCUCACAUGUGGGACAUCUGUUUCGGAAGAGCUCGCCGUAUACCUUUCCUGGGGGAGUCAGUGGGAUUCUCAAUGAAAACCUGGCUCGAGUGGCCUUGGUAUGGAUGGACGACUGGGCUAAGUUUUUCUUCAAAUUCAAUAAAGGCACGGAAGAGUUUAAAAAUUUGAAUGUAUCCUCACGGAUAGCUCUCAAGAAGCAUCUGAGCUGUAAAUCCUUCGACUGGUAUUUGCGCAAAGUUUGGCCGCAAAAUUUCUUCCCUGCUCCGAAUAAAUUUUUCGGCCGCAUUCAACCCAUCGAUCUCAGCACAUUUGACCAUCAGGAGUACAUCACGCUGAUGAAAAAGAUCAACCUGAUCGUGAAGAAUCUCAAUCCAGAAUUGAAAUGGAAGUUCCUAAUCAAAUACCUUUCGGAGAACGUGAAGAAGAUAGGCGAUUCCAUGAAGGCCGCCAAACACACUUCCUUCUGUUUGCAGAAGCCCAAGUCCAAUUCCAUCGUGAACCAGCCGUACGGGCAAUCGUUUCUGAAGAAGUGCUCCCUGCUUAUCAACGUGCUGGACGAGCAGUUUGUCAUAGACGACUACGGACGGGUCAUGACCGACGAAGGUGUCUGCUUGGAUUCGUUCCGCAAGACCACAGUGGACGGUGAACAGAUGAUCGAGGAAGCUCGCAAGAUCAAGAUGGUGACCUGCGGAAGUAACAAACGAGCCCAACGCUGGGUCUACGAGACUGACACGUACCACGUGCGAAACAUGGACAGCAACGACUGUCUGGAGCGGGGCGUCACGUUGAUCAAGGACGACCCGGAAGACAAACUGGAGGUGGUCCUGAAUCCGUGCGACGUGCGGAAUGAACUGCAAAAGUGGAUGCUAUUUCCGGUGGCUUGGAAGUAGAGCGAUGGCAUACAACUGAAUUCCAGGGCACAAACAUUUCAUAAAAUUGCACUAGUUAACACAAGCAUGCAAGAAGCACAAACACAACUAAUUUUAAUAUGCUCAACUGCUACCAACAGUAUUUGCAGGAAUCUCUUGAUACAAAAAGCUAUUUCCAUAAAAAUAACAUACAUCAUCUGAAAAAAAAAAUCAGAAAGAACGUAAAAUAACAAGCCAUUUUAAUAUUACAGACUUAUGAUGUAAUUUUAAGACAUUCCACAUUAAAACUAGAUGUACUUAAUUUGAAUGUGUUUUUGAAAGGUUUCGGGAUUAGGACUCUGGUUUGUUCAUGGCAUGUGUGUUUUUCUUUCAACUUGGUUUGUUUUCGAAAAAACAAAGAUUUUCAUUCGAUUGAUUGUGUUACGGUUAAGUUUUAAUCUGUGAUAUUAAAGCAUUCAAGAACGACAUAAACAUAUAAUUAAUAAAUUUAUACUAGUUCACUUAAA